GUGAAUCUUCAAAAAAAUUAUACCAAACAAAACCUGACUUUUUGUUUUCAGUCUUUGAUUAUUAUAUUUAAUUAAUAAUUUGAUUUUUUCUUGUUAAAAAAAUGGACGUGAAACAAGACAAAUACCAUUUCGAUCCUUCUGACGAUUUUAAUGAAACGGAACUAGAAAUUGGUACCAUUAAAAUUGAUCAAAAUGAGUUUAAGAGAAAACAACGAACGUUUAAAAACGAACAUGGUGAUGUUAGUGAUAAGACAUUCAAUGAUGAACAAUUCCCACAUAUUGAUGCAAUUAAAAACGAAAUUAUCGAAUGCGAAAUGCCUAAAACUGAACAUUUGUAUUUGCCGAUAAAACUUGACAAAGACACUGUUUCCGAAAACGUACAAAUGUUUCCUAAAACUAUUAAACAAGAACUUGAGAACACUAGUGAUGUUACAUUGACAGAAAUCAAGAAAGAAGUUGAUGAAUGUAUUAUUCAACCAAAAACUGAGAGUGUAGUGAGUGAACUGCUGACUUCUCAUUGUGAUCUACCAACUUUAAAAAUUGAACGUACUGAUUAUUAUCCGGAUAAUUAUUUGGACCAUGCAUAUAGUCAUAAGCCCUUAAAAAAUACCUCUCAAGUUUUUUUAAAGAAGAAGCGGAGCUAUGCCUGUCCUAUCUGCCAGAAUAAUUUUCCUUCUUCUAAGUCAAGAUCAACUCAUAUUGAUGGACAUUUUGAGAAACGCUACGCAGUUUGUCGAUUUUGUGGAAGAUUAAUGAAAAAAAUAGAAUUUUUUCAACAUUUAUUUAUUCAUCUAGUGAAAAAUAGAAAAAAACUAUACGACUGUGACAUUUAUCCUAAAGGUUUUAAUAAUAAAUCGAACUUACAGCAACAUUUAAUAAUUCACAAUGAUGAAAAAUCCGAAAAAAAACGAUUCCAGUGUAAUAUUUGUUCCAAACUGUUUACUCAUAAACCAAACUUACGGCAACAUUUAAUAAUUCACGGUAGUGAAAAACUAUUUAAGUGUGGCAAUUGUUCAAAAGGUUUUAAUUAUAAAGCUAACUUAAAGCAACAUUUAUUAAUUCAUAGUGGAGAAAAACCAUUCAAGUGUAACAUUUGUUCCAAACGUUUUACGCAGAAACCAAACUUACAGUGUCAUUUAAAAUUCCAUAGUGAUACACCCGAAGAAAAACCAUUCAAAUGUGAUAUUUGUUUCAAAAAUUUUAAGUACAAAUGUCACUUACGGACACAUUUAAUAAUUCACAGUGAUGAAAAACCAUUCAAAUGUGACAUUUGUUUCAAAGGUUUUAAUCGUAAAGGUCACUUACAGAAACAUUUUGUAAUUCACAGUGCUAAAAAACCAUUCAAAUGUGAUAUUUGUUCCAAAGGUUUUAAUCAGAAAUCGAACUUACAGAAUCAUUUAAAAGUCCACAGUGAUACACCCGAGGAAAAACCAUUCAAAUGUGAAAUUUGUUUCCAAUGUUUUAAUCAUAAAGGUCACUUACAGAAACAUUUAAUAAUUCACAGUGGUACGAAACCAUUCAAGUGUGACAUUUGUUCCAAAAGUUUUACCAAAAAAUUACACUUACAGCAACAUUUAUUAAUUCACAUUGGUAAAAAACCAAUCAAAUGUGACAUUUGUUUCAAAGGUUUUAAUUAUAAAUGUCACUUACGGUCACAUUUAAUAAUUCACACUGGUGAAAAUCCAUUCAAAUGUAACAUUUGUUUCAAAGGUUUUAAUUAUAAAUGUCACUUAAAGACACAUUUAAUGACUCACAAUUUAAAAAUACCCGAGAAACAACCAUUUAAGUGUGAUAUUUGUUUCAAAGAUUUUAAACAUAAAUGUCAAUUACGAAGACAUUCAAUAAUUCACAGCGGUGAAAAACCUUUCAAAUGUAACCUUUGUUCUAAAGGUUUCAAUUUUAUGGGCAACUUACGGCAACAUUUAAUUAAUCAUAAAGAUGAUAAACCCGAGGAAAAACCAUACAAGUGUGAUAUAUGUUUCCAAGGUUUUAAUCAUAAAUGUCAUUUCCGAAUACAUUCAUUAAUUCACAGUAGUGAAAAACCUUUCAAAUGUGACAUUUGUUCUAAAUGUUUUAAUCGUAAAGAUUAUUUACAGAAACAUUUAAUAUCACAUAGUGGUAAAAAAUUAUUCAAGUGUGACAUUUGUUCCAAAGGAUUUAUGCGAAAAUCUUGCUUACGGAGACAUUUAAAUGGGGUGUGCGCCAAAAAUAAAAUAUUAGUAUAGUUGUAAUAAACAAUAAGUCAAUCAUAACGGAAUACCGCAAAUGCAGAAAAUAAAAUCGGUCUUUGCUCGAAGAAGUCGAAAAAUAUUGGUUUACAGAAUGAGUUGUGUUGGAGAAAAUAAUGUGGAAAUAGUUUGGUGAAAGGUUUUUUAUUAACGAAUAACUAUUUGAACAAACAAUAUUAAAAUUAAAAUAGGAACUCAGAUUAGGUGCGCACAUUCGUUGGUUAAUUUACCGGAAGUACUUACAUUGUCAUUGACAGACGACAAUACAGGUAGUCAUCUUUAUAAAACAAAAGUAACUAAUUCAGACAGAGUUGCCAACUAUAAUAGAUACGGGUAUUUUAAUAAGUUGCUUAUCGGAAGUCAGCUAAACUAGCUAAAAAACAUCAUCCUCUUCGAUAUUAUAAUAAUAAUAAUAAUACCAUAAUAAAAAUUUUAUCACACAAUAUCAAAAAAAUUACAAACAUCAGUUCUGAAAAAAAAAAAAAUAUAACAUAUGGUGCGAAUAAGAAUACUUGCGAAGAGUCAUAAAACACUUAUUUACAAGAGAAGAAAUAACAUGAAUUAAUUAAUAUAAAAGUAUAAAGAUAAAACCAAUACAAACUAAAAUUGUGGCAAAUACAAUAUUCAAAAAAUAAAAUCUAUUAAUAUAUUUUUUAAUAACUAAACCAAUUUUUUGGAAACAAAACGUGUAUGUCCCGUGUAUAAUAGAUCAACAUUUUUUUGUCCUCUGUAUUUUUUCACUAAACGACGCAUUCGUUAACUGAAUACGGGGAGAUCUUAUUAUGUACUUUCUGUUCACAAUGUAUAUACAGUAGGAAAGUAACUUUCCGCUAAUUUAUUUUUAUGGGUUGUGGAAAAUUUCCACAAAAUUGAAUAUUUUCAAAGAGUUUAUUUAUUAAUUUAUUUUUACCUACUUAGUUAAUAGUACACAAAGUACUUAUUGUUAAAAUAUAAAUUAUAAUUUGUCAUUAUUUUUGUAAUUUUACAAAAUAUGACCCAAUAAAACUAUUGUUAAUUCAUAUUAUAUGUCUAGUUUAAAGUUUGUUAUAUAUUUAUUUAUUUUUAAUUUUUUUUCUAAUUUUUACAUAUAAAAUGACAUUUUUUGUAAUCACAGCAAGUGUCAAAAUGCCCGUUUACAAAUAAAAAUCGACGGGUUCACAGAUUUUUUUUAAAGUCGCUAGUUUACGAAAUAUUGAUUUAUUUCCUUUCAUUAAAUCCAUACUAUGGAUAUAUUGUGUAUUAAAAAAUAUCAAAAAUAAUUUUUUCUAAUUUUGACAUGUGACAUUUUUUGUAAUUGCGGCAAGUGUCAAAAUGAUCGACUUAAAGCAACCAGUUGCAUAAUGUAGAACAUGAAACUGGUUUAAAAAAUUUAAUAUGUCACCAGUUGCAAAAGAAUAUAAAUUAAAAUAAAUCUUUUUGGUUUUAAAAUCAAUAAUAUACAUUGUUAUUGAAAGUAUAUCAAAGAAGAGCACGAUGACUUUUAUAAAAAAUAGAAUUUGGAAGCUUACAACCUAGUAAUAAUGUUGUUUUUGUCCUUAUUGUCCAUUCUAAAUCAGCACAAAAUAAUUAAAACACAAUACAUGACAAAAUAACCCUCUUUUUUGAAAUCUAAAUAACUAACGAGCAAUAUAAACACUAAAAUCGUUGAGAAUAAAUGAAUAUGAUUUUCUAUUUGUCAAUAACAAUACAAGAAAGUAGUAAUAUAUCAGUAAUUUUUUACUAAAAGACAAUUUUUUCAUAAUCUAGUCAAAAUUAGAAAAAAAUAUCGUAUGUAACACGUUACGGAAUGCCGUUUUAUAUAACUCGUUUAUUUUUCGGGACUUUGCUCAUUUACAUGAUACUAUAAAAAGAAGGUAUAUUACGCAGAUGGAUACUAUACGCCACUGUGACGUAAUGUGGUGGAAGACGUAGCUUUUACGAAUUUGACGUAUCAGCUGAUCGAAAACAACACGCGAAAAUAAAUUUUAAUUGGCUCAUGGGCAAUCAAAUAUUUCACACCACAAUACGUCAUGCGUGAACUCGACGAGAUUUCGUCGGCUAAGUAUAAUACAUUUGUUUUUUUUUUAUAUCAUGGUUCUGCUCGUUCCACAAAUAUUCACUCGUUACAUAAAAUAAGGGUUUUCGUUACUGAUUGCAUAAAUAGCUAUUACUUAACCUUUUCUUUCUUUGUAUUUUUUAAUUCCAAAUAAAUAUUUGCUAUUAUAAAUGGUUCUCUUUUUUUAAACGUUCUUCUAUUAUGCAUUUAGCAUAUUUUUUUAAUAUUUGUAUAAAACAUGUGCAUAUUUUAAAUACAAAAUAUGCAUAUAUUGAUAUGGAAAAUCCUGACGUCAUCAAAUUUUUUAUCAUAAGUGGAAUUAUGCUGGGUUGGUGAAGUUUCUAGAAAUCAAAAUUAAAGUUAAGUCGAUUUUAUGAAAUCUGUCAGAUGGUAUAAAAAAUCAUGAUACUAUAUAAAAAAGGUAUGAUAUUACGUAGACUGAUGCUAUACAUCACGGUGACGUAAUGUGGUGGAAGGCCUGGCUUUUACGAAUUGAACGUAUUAGCUGAUCAAAACAGCGCGCGAAAAUGAAUUUUAAUAAUCAUAUUCUACAGUACAAUACGUCAUGCGCGAACUCGAUGAGAUUUCGUCGGCUAAGUAUCAUACCUCUGUGUUUUGUAUCAUGUAAAAAAAUUGUCAAGAUUGUUAUUAGAUGAUAGAAAAGCAAAUUGUUUAAUAAUAGUAUAAGAUGUUGAGAAAUUUUGUCAGAAGGUGGCUUAGACGUUAUUUUAAUAGAUGGUAUGUAAAUCCCAUUUUCACAAAAAAGUGGAGUUAGGCACUUUUCUUAUUAGGGCGACGAUAUCCGCCAUGGCAUAUUGGCAUAUAAUAGAAAGAUUGCAGGAAUAUUCAAGAUCACCAUGAAACAUAUGCCCACGAUGUUUUUAUCUGCCAAAAUAUGUGAUGACAUAUUCUCUGGAUUUACUGAAGAUAUCUAUGUAUACCUAUAUCAGGGUAUUUUGAAUAUUCAUGACAUAUUGAAUUUUUUUUGUAAUGUAGUACCAUAGUUUAGAAAAUAAAACUCAUACUUAAAUAGAAAUUUGUAAUACAAAAUAAAUUUUAAGUAAAAACAAUACAUACAUACAAAAAACUAUAAAUUUAAAUUUAUUUGCCACAUACUUAUUAUUAUUCAAAUUUACAUUUUGAAGGUUUUAAUAGUAAAUGUAAGAAUUGAGAUGAAAAUAUCAAUAUAAUAGAAAUAUUUCAAAAUCUUGAGAAAAACAUUACAAUAAUACUUAUCACUUCUAUAGCAUCUUUGGGUCACUUUAGUUAUAGUAAUGGCUUCCUCUACAUUUUCCUUUGCCGUUUGUGUACUAUGGGUUUUCCUAAACAUCUCUAAAGAAAAUAGGAUUAAAUAGUGCCUUGUCUGCAAUUUUAUUACGAAUAGCCCAUAUUUUGAUUUACUUUACUACCAACUAUGUAAUUCAUUAGCAUUACAUAUCUUUGAAC